CUUGACUCGACAGCUUGAUAGGAAGGGGCGAUCCUGAACGGAACCGAGCUCAUUUCUACCCUUACGUUCACGGAGAGAGUGUCCUUUGGUUCUGAUGAAAGAACUCAGCCGUAACUCGGGUGUAUUUUAUAACCCGGGCUAACCAUCCUCCCAUAUGCGCUGACACGUAUCCAGAUAUUACACACGGGUGGCGGAGGGAGCAUUUUACUUGGUUGCUUUGACACAUUGUGAAUAUAAAGCCUACAAGACACGCGAAGGAAGAUGUUGCUGAAGGAGUACAGGAUAUGCAUGCCUCUCACAGUGGAAGAGUACCGGGUUGGGCAGCUGUACAUGAUCAGUAAACACAGCCACGAGCAGAGCGAUAGAGGGGAAGGAGUGGAGGUCGUCCAGAACGAACCGUAUGAAGAUCCGGCACAUGGCCAAGGACAGUUCACAGAGAAACGAGUCUACCUCAACAGUAAAUUACCCACCUGGGCUCGAGCAGUGGUUCCUAAAAUCUUCUAUGUGACAGAGAAAGCAUGGAACUACUACCCUUACACCAUAACAGAAUAUACAUGCUCAUUCCUGCCCAAGUUCUCCAUCCACAUAGAGACAAAAUACGAGGACAACAAAGGAUGCAAUGACAAUAUCUUUGAUACAGAGCUGAAGGAGCAAGAGAGGGAGGUGUGUUUCGUCGACAUCGCCUACGAUGAGAUCCCAGAGCGCUACUAUAAAGAGUCUGAGGACUUGCGAUAUUUCAAGUCAGAUAAGACGUCGCGGGGGAUUCUUCAGGAGGGCUGGAGGGACACCCAGGAUCCCAUCAUGUGCUCAUACAAACUUGUUACUGUCAAGUUUGAAGUGUGGGGUCUGCAGACACGUGUGGAGCAGUUUGUGCACAAGGUGGUUCGGGAUGUGCUGCUGCUGGGACAUAGACAGGCAUUUGCCUGGGUAGAUGAGUGGAUUGACAUGACAAUGGAUGAGGUGAGAGAAUUUGAGCGCACCAUCCAGGAGGCCACCAACCAGAAGAUCGGGAUUUUUCCACCGUCGAUCUCCAUCAGCGACACACCCUUGUCCUCCUGUUCCCCUACUGGCACUGCCAGCGCCCCCUCCACCCCUAUGUGCACUGAUGCGCCUGAGCACCUUCCUGUCCCUAAGGACCGACCACGAAAAAAGUCUGCUCCAGAAACCCUGACCCUUCCCAACCCUGCCCCAAGUGGCGUCCCUCAGGGCUCUACCCUGGGCCCACUACCAGAUUCAAACCACCUUCAAUUGUCCACACCACCCUCCCCUAACUGUGAUCUUGCUGAGAUUGACUAGAGAGAACUUGGGAUGGCUUUCCCUACCCCAACCCCAUUGUCUUAGUAGCCCAACUCCGAAGUCUAGCCUAACCUCCUAACACCAGUGGCAAGACAUUUAAGUUUUCUAGCCAUAUCUAAUGAUUUGCCGUAAUCCUGGACACACAAUUGUCAAUCACAAUAUAUGUCUACAUCAGUGUCACUGAUACCAUCCAGGCAGCUGUAGGCUUAGCCAUGCUGUUGUGGCUGAAAUCCUCUUCCUUUGUGUCUAGCCAGCCACAUGUUUCGUCUAUUAUUAUAACAACAACCUGUGAUGUCUAAUCAAAACAGAAUGCAUCGCUAAUUUUUUUUUUCUAGAGCGGCAGUUCUUUGUUAAAUGAAUAAAUUAUUCUUAGUGUUUCCUUAGUUAUGUUUUCUUCAAUCAGACAAGCUGAUUGCUUUCAAACUGUUGAACUAUGAAGUAGUUGCCUUACCACAGAGCCAGUGGUGUUUAUUAGUCUUGACAAUGUGUGCAAAUGAAUGCCUGACAAAUAUUUCAAUUUUGCAAUCUGUAAAAUGGCUGUAUAUAUUAAAUUAGAAAUUAAAUCAAUUACACAAACUAGAGUAGCACAGUAGAUCUAAUAUGUUAGAGUAACACACACUAGAAUGAGCUAAGUACCUUCAUAACAGAGCCACUUAGCAACUGUUUCCUGAGCUGUCCAAGCUGGCUUGCGGAUCAGAUUGCACCAAUCUUUUCCAUCCCAAACUCCAAUUAUACAACAGAUGCAAGAUCAGUACAAUCAUAGAGAGUUUACACCUCAGGUUUCCCUGACUCUACCUGACUCGCACUCCAAGGGCAGGGAUAUCACUGUACUUUUCUCCCCCCUGCCUAUUGCCAAACCGUGACUUUUUAUACCUCCACAGAUAUCACAAUACACCAAGUAUUGUAUGUAUUAUACCAGUAUACUUAACCCUUGGAAUGUUUACACAUCAGAAAUCAUUUUCAUAUUAGUAGUAACGUUGUAUCUUAAGCUGUUAUCUGCACUUGCGGUUUUAGCAUGACGGUUUAAUGAUCCUAAAAUUUAAGUUGUUAAACUUUAGUACUGCAUAUAUCUUACUCAAGUUUACUUAAAGGUCAGUACAAAAAAAAUUAAAAUGUUGCCUGAAACUAA